CCCAGGUGUGCACUUUUGCUUUCGGAGUUUACCCGCGAACAGUCGCAUCGAACUGUCGGUUUACAAAGCUGUUCCGCGCGUACCGCGUAAACACAUCGAUCGUGCGUGAUCGACUCAUCGCAGUGAGGCAAACCUGAUUGUAGCUACUAAGUGCAGAAGAAUCAAAGAAAACCCAGCUUCAUUUUACGUGUGCGAGUGAGUGUUAAACAUCUUCAUUUAACGAAAUUCAACGGUGCCAAGAGGAUCUAGAUCGUGGCUGUAGUGGCUGCUCACUGUUCAAAGCCCCGCUCUCAAUGAUCAAGAGCUGACGGUUGGCUUCGGUUCAAGGUGGAUUGGAAUCGAACAGCUGCAAAACACAGCAUUUAGUACCACGAAAGAAAAGUUGACCGUCGUGACACGAUUGCGUGCCCGCAGUGUGGUGAAUGUCACAUUACUUAACCCGUGGGAUUGGUGCGAAAGUUUCCGAAAUCCGAAAGCUGUGUUGCUGAGCUACGUGUGGCAUUUGUAGUGCAGGAAAUUAUCAUGGAGGUAGCGUGGCGUUUCCGGAUCAUAUUUGUGAUGGCGUUCGUAGUGAUCAUAUUCGGCGAUCUGCUCGGAUACGGUGGCUCUCGCAAAGAACCGAAAGAUAAAUCACUCCUGUCAGGGUUUACCGAGGUUGAGACCGAUACGUCCAAGAUGAUUCCUAGCGGAGCGAAGGAACCUGCACCGAGUGCUCAAACCCGAACCAAUCCUUCCAACGAGCUCGGUGACAAUGUUGACGGUGACUUCGACCAGGAUCAAGACACGGCCGGCCUCUCGUCGGCAGAGCUGGCGGCACGCAAGGAAAAGCUGAAGAAUUCGCUCCGGGAAGCGUGCCUUCCGAAGCUGCUGUGCGAGAUGGCGGCCAAGCCCAACUACUCGCUAAACGUCCGCGAGCGGGAUCUACUCUCACUGAUAAGGUCUACUACCUUAUCGCUGACGAUGGCUGUGAGUCCGACGAAAUGGCACUUUGCCGCUCACAUGGGACAGCUGCUAAGGGACGCUGGCGAUGCACUGGUCACGCCGAUCGGAUGCUCCCAUCUGUGGCCGAGCUGUCCGUACAGUUCGAAAAAGUUGCUCAAGCUUACGAAUGUGGUGCACCUGAAGUAAUUCGCAAAACUUGCACUUGAAAUGCCAAAACCAGGAACACAAGCGUUACCAGGCGUUACGUCGUGAGGAUGAGAUCAGCGAGAUGGAUGUCAAGAGUCUGUCUGGGAUUUCUAAGACAGACGGCUGCUUCCUACCGGGAAAAAACGACUUCACAAAGCUUUCUUCGUCACGGAGAUCACCAAACACGGCGGAUAAUGCUCCGGAACUGAUCACUAAAACCCAUCACAUCGUGUAAAAUGCAUGCGAUACGUAACGUUCGAGAGUCAAUUGUUAAUUGUACCGGCUGCUGUUUGCUCGCAGUAGCCAGCUUUAGUUUUAGCGAUGCUCUACGUGGAUAGGGCAAUAUAGUGUCUAAUGGGGGGUUGUAAAGAAAAAACAACAAUAGCAACCAACUGCCCUCUCCCCCCAGUUGACCUUAUACGGUUGAUUAGGUUUAGUGAGCUGAUGCUCGCUCGUUGGUCCCAAGCGCUCCACUUCAACUCAUCAACCGUUGACAUCACUCACCGGUACCGUUCAAGCAUCACAACAGAGUCUGCCUUCGAAUACCCGAUUGAUCGCUGCUAGUGUAACAUUCCAGUGGCGGAUGCUCAUCUUAAGCCAUCAUCAUUAGCUUCCUGCUUCCGCGUGUGCUGGGAUCGUGCGCGUGUGAACGAGUUGAGUUUUAACCGCUUAACAGCCACACGUGCGAAUGAUUCGAUUACGGACCCUUCGUCGUACUCGCAUCGCACCUAAUUUAUGAGUUUUAUGCGUGCGCGUGUGUGUGUGUGUGGAGAAAAGGCGUAUAAAUUGGGUGUGUGUGAUUGAACACGCAGCUACAGAUGGUUACACGGAACCAUCACGGACGGUUAAAACCGUUUCGGUGAACCGUAAAAUGUGAUCGAUAAAACGUUGCCAAGUGUGAAAAUAAUGGCAACACUGUAAUAAAUUUCUAUAGGCUCUUUAGGUAGGUAGGUAGGAUAUGAAUAAAUUAUCAUCCCAGAAGAAAAUGGCCGGGAAGGAUCAGGUGCCAGAGAGAACAGGCGAGAAAAAAAAUACAAUAAUUAAGUGCACUUAACUCUAGCGUCAUGAAAAUAUUGCAAAAAUGAAACAUUGAAAUGUUCUUUAGGAAAAUGCAGCUACCGGCGGCAAUGAACUGUUAACUGUUGUAAAUAAAUAAAACCCACACAAUGUUGACCUAGUGUAUAAUUAAAAAAAGGCUCCAUCCGGGGAAUGUGUAUUGAACUGCGUUAUAGAUUUUUCUCCUCUUUCGUAGAUCCUACCCUCACGUUUAACAAAUGGCUACAUGCUAGCGAAUCUGUUCCAAGACCCCAAUGAACAUUUAGGUGAGAGCAGAACGUUUUAUAAUUAUAUUGUAAUAUUGAGCAAAGCAAACCGGGGCUGGUGUGUAAGUAAACAAAAUUCAAGCGUUCAUCUUUUAGCUCUUUCUAGAGGGCAUCGAAGUAUGCUUGUGUGCCAUACGCCUCGCUCCGCGACUGAAAUAUAGCUCAAAAUUUAAAUUCA